GGUAGUCACCUUACAUUUAUCGAAAUCGAACGCACAACUUCACAACCCUGAAACAUUACUUUCAUAUUUUUGACUGUUCAUUUCGGAUUCAAAAAUUCCGAUCUCUCAGAAAUAUGCUGUUUCUGAAAAAUAAAAGUACAUCUCUGGACGUGUCCGACUACACGGUCAUCAUUCCCAGCAUUUGUGUUGGCAAUGCGGCACAGUUGGCUUGUGACCUGUUGAUUGCCUCCAAACAGCUCAGCCGUAUUGGAUCACUGUCUCAUCCAGCUCUGAUUCCGGUUUUCGGACCCUCUGCCUACCAGCAUGAGCCCAACGAAAAGGUAUCUUCCUGUGAGCUGUACGAGGGAUCGGAGGAUAAGCUCCUGGUAGUACAAUUCCGUGCUCCUUGGAUUGCCCGCCACACGUCCAGCUUCCAGAGUCAGCUAGUGGAUCUACUGAAAUCUGCUCGUCGUGUGGUUAUCCUUAGCGGCAGCUUCGGCUUCGAACGACGCGUAAUUGAGGAGUCCCCAUGGGCCUACCGUGCCAGCACUUCCUUUAAGGAGGCUCACGCCGCCCAGCUCGGAAACUCGGAGUUGAUAAAAUGGAAGGAGCACACCGGCGAAGCCAUCUACGGCGGUGGCAAUGCCCUGCAACUGUUCAAGGCAUUCGACGAGCAGCAGGUUCCUGUGAUGCUGCUUUUCCGUUACCUUUUGGAGGGUGACAAUUCCACAGACGCUUCCCUGAUAGUUAAGGAACUAAACGAACUUUGCGAAGAUUUCCUCCAGCUUCGUAGCAGUGGCGAUGGAAGCUUUAAGCUUACAGUGCCCAAGUCGUGGAACUUGCUCUUUGGCAACGAUGUUACAGAACUUCUAUUUUAAGCGUGUAAUACAAAUUUUCGGAAGGUUAUAAAAUAAAAUCUGAAACUUUUGGUGUAGGAU